AUGUAUAUCUUUUUGAUGGAUCAAGGUCGUCUGGUCUCUUUGGAUGAUAAUUUACUAUCUCAGACGGUUUCAAGUUUACGUAAUGUAUUGGCGCAUGAUUUUGACCUACCAUUGAACAAACAAAUUCUUUUGGUGUCAGGCGGUUUUCAGUUGGAACCAGGUGAUAAGUUGUCAACAUAUGGUGCUGGUUUAGAUAAAACAAAUCCAAUCUAUGUAUUUACUCAAACUUUUCCAAGUGAUACCAAUGUACAGAAACCUGAUGUCCUACAAGUAAACGAUGGUGGAUAUCCAAGACAACUGGCCAAUCUUUCAGAAUUAACACCAUCUGAGAAAGUGUUUGAAGAACGAUUACGUCUUAUUCAUGCAAUUACACCGAUUAGUCGUGAAACUGCUAAUGCAAUUGAACAAUUAGUCUCUGAACAACGUCAAAUGAUACAGGGAUGGUGUGUUGCAUUGGCUAAUUUAGCUGAAGUCGCUGCAGAUACCAAUAAACGCUUGUUGUUUGCUACGAGUAGACUAGUUCAAUUUGAAGAAUGUAUUACUGAUUGGGAACGAAAAUUGCACAAUUUUCAUGAAUUGAAAAAGGAAUUAUCUGAUCUACCAUUACUGCCACAAUUAGUUGUACUAGACUCGUCCACUGAAUAUAAUCAUCAAAAAGAAUCGUUCAAUUUUAACAGUAUUCCGAAGCCAACAAAUAUGUACGAAUGGGUUUGUUUACAGUCAGCUAUGUCCAGUGUUGGGACACGCUAUUUUCCACCACCAUCAGCAAUUAAAUCUGUUGGUUUGCAGUCAGGUGGAUUGUAUCAUGUUCGACAGGGAAGUGGUCGUAUUCGUACAACAAGUACCGGUCAACUUGGUGGAUAUAGUACUACAGAAUCCACUGUUGUAACAACUCAACCACAUCAAGUUCACUUUUAUACUGGAGGUUCUCAAUCUAGUUUAAAUAAUGCAGGUACUGGUUGUUCAAACUCACCUACAUUGGAUACACGAAUACAACGUGACCAGUCUUUAGCUGGAGUUGGUGGAGGGGGUGGCGGUGGCGGUGAUAGUUCCUCUGCACACGAAUCAACAGUUUUUGAUUAUUAUGAGUCAGCAUUUUUAGAGAUAAUUAAACGAGCCAUCCAAGAUAUACAUUUAUUACGGUUUGGUCCAGAUUCGCAAAUUUGCUCUACUACCAAACAACAAUCAGAUGCUUCCAGUGAACUGAAUUAUGUUCGUGCACACACUAAUCGUUUGUCAGAAUUGAUUACUAUGGUUAAUGCUUGUUCAAAAUCCAAUUAUGACGAAAUGACUGCUGCGUCUACACAUCCUUCGACGGAGUCAUCAGCUAUGCCUGGCGUACAACAUCUCCUGGUCGAUUCUUCAAAGACUGUUGCUGCUGCUACAGAAAGAGCGAGAACAUCUUCAAUCUCAUCAUUACUAUCAUUAAAUCUAACUCGUGAGCAUGAUAUACAUUUGAUUAGUAUUCGUGAUGCAUUAGAUCCGGGCUAUUUUAGUCAACGUCUUUCACAAUUAGAUCCAUUAGCCUGUGAAGCUAUUGAUUUAGCAAGAAGAAUAAUUGGAAUUGAACAGGCUGCUACCAAAGCAUUUCAACAAAUUGUUCAACAGAAACUGAAUUCAUUACUCCAGACUAAAUUUACAGAGAAUACUGUGAAUUCACAAGAAUUGAUAAUUGCAUUCAAUCGACUAUGUGAAAUUUUGGGUAUUAUUAUGCAGAGUAAACUUCUAUUAGCGAACAACUUAUCUGAUCGUCAACGAUGGCUUCAAAAUUUUCAAUCAGAAUUGAAUCGUCUUGAUGCAAUUAUUCAAAAUUGUCUUCGACGUAUGUGUCGUGUUACAACAACUGGUACAUUGAUCUCUCAGUUAGGUGAAGCUGGUUCCACGUAUGCUCGUUGCUUAGCUGAAAUAGUCAGACGAACAGAAUUUGAAGAUAUGCUAACCCAACGAUCUGUAUAUUAUCUGAAGGAGGAAAAUAGUUUACGAGCUGAAGAAUGUCGUCGACGGCGUAUCUUUUCUAAACACUUAAAAAACAACGUCCUCCAUACACUUUUCUCUCCAUGGACUAAUCCGAAAACUGAUUGUAUUGGGCUGAUCAAUUUACCGACUUCAAUAACUAUGUCACAAGAUGUCACAGAACAGCAAUUAUGCGAAAUCACUUCUACUGUGUCAACUGUUUCUACUACUGUAACAACUCAAAAAGUUGAUUCCUCUUCACAUUGUCAUCCUGUUACACCUGAAUUGGCAGUUAGUCGAAGAUUCGCCUUAUCUUCAUUAUCUGAACCACGUUUAAAUGAAUUGGCUAAAGUGUGCGCAUUACAUCGUGUAAAUUCACGUGUACGAUCUAAUCGAUUGAAUUCAUUAAGUUCUCCAGAUCCUCAGUUGGCUAAAGUGAAAGAAGGUGAAAUGAUUGAAUCUAUUCGAAAGAAGUAUACAGAUUCUAGUUAUACUUCAAAUCAACAUCAACAUCAUCAGACACUUCCUCAUCAUGUUGUCGUAAACUUACGUCAACAUACCCAACCAGUAGUAGAUUCAAAUCGUCGUGCAUCUAUACCAUUAGAUCAGGAUAGAGAAACAACUGUAUCGAAUUGGUCAGUUGAUUCGUCAUCUGUUGGUUUAACAAACCAUUUCUGUACAAGUAAUACUCUUUUCUCUAUAGGUAAACAACCAGUUAAGAUUACACGUGAAGAUUUAGAAAAAUUAAUGUCAUCUAUGCCAUCUAGUGUAUGUAAUCUUUUACGAACCGAAUUGAAUAAAUCGUUUACACUGUUGAAAAGUUCUUCUUGCAUUGGUGGUGGAGGUUAUAACAAUCUGUUGGAUCAAUCAUCUGUUACAACAGGUCUAAAAUUAACUUCAACAACAACAACAACAACUACUACUACUACAAUAUCAGCGAAUACUCUUAUCACUGAGAAACAAAUAGAUCGUUAUGCGACAAAAUCAGUCAACACAUCUCCGUUAUGUAGUACAAUUAACCAACCAUUCUCAUCAUCAUCAUCAUCAUCAUCAUUGCAUCUUGUUAGUGUUGCCUGUCAAACACAAUUCAAUCUAAUUGGACCAGUUAUCAAUGUUGGAUCUGGUCGAAGUUUAAAUUCUAGUUUAGGAUUAUCAGUUGAUGAUUCAACACGUCGUACUGCUAUCAAUAAUGCUGGUUGGGAAGAACUUCCAGGAAGUUUGUGUAGUUGGGAAAUUUGUCGAUUUCCGAUCAUACGAUCACGUGAUCGUAUCUCAAUAUCAUUGAAUACAUUACCACGAUAUGAACAUUUAGUUACAACUGCUACUCAAACAGAGUCAUCAAAUGAAUUACCUGAAACAAAUCUCAUCAGUAACUCAUCAGUUCCAGAUAAUAAUGAUAAUAAUAAUCCUGAUACCGGUGCUGCAGAAGUAGAUUCAACUUUACAGAAAGUUGAAAAAGAAGUGAAGUAUUCAGGACAAAAUAAUUCAGAAUCACCUCAAGAAUAUGAUAGUGAAGUGUAUCACUUCCCUUUUCAUUCAUCUUUACCUCAUGAUGAUAUUUGUCAAGAGUCGAAAGUUUUGUCAACUUCUCCACAAAGUAUUUUGAGCACAGAAAUCAAUGAUGAGAAUGUUGUUCUAUCAUCUAUAUUCACUGAAGAUGAUUUGUUUACUGAUUCUACCUUAAUGAUGACGUCAAGUUUUCAUUCAACUCGAACAACAUUUUCAAAUAACAUUUAUGAUAAUACUACUACUAAUAAUAAUAAUAACAAUAAAGCUGAUUCUUCAUCACAGCAUACAGCUUUAAUGUCGGUCAGCCAAAGUCGUUCAGUAUCUCUAAGUCGGAGUAGUAGUAGCAGCAGUAAUCUAUGCGAUAUAACAGGUGGAGUUGGCAGUACAACUACUCAAUAUGGAUCUGUGAUAUAUGAUGAUGUCAAAACGUCUCAAAAUGUUAUGUUAUUAUCCUCCUGCUCAUCAUCAUCACCACCUCCACCAUUACCGAGAAUAGAAAUUCCAGUGAGUGAGUCAACAGAUCAACAAAAUCAAACUACUACAUCUCUUUCAUCCUCAACAUUAUUAUUCGAUAAAUGUUGUUCACAGUGUCAAUUAAAAUAUGCUCAUCAUAAGGAAUACUUUAACUUACUUCAACAAUGUCUACAAUUGAUCGACAAGCGUGUUAAUCAUCAUCAGCAACAACAACAAGGAGAAGAAGAAGAACAAGCUAAAAAUUCAGAUAAACUGAGAAUACAAAAACCAAUUACUCUAUCGAUUGAAACAACACCUAGAUCACCUUUAAUUUCACUGGAUAGCUCGCAGUUAAAGUGUCUUUUCAAUGUCUUGGAAUCAUGUUCAUCACUGUUUUUAAAAUCGAAAUCUACAACGAGAUGA